AUGAAGUAUUCGAAAAGUUACACUGUUAAUCAACUGUCUUCUGCCAAAUUUAAGAAAAACUUAUCGGAGGAUAAAAACGGCAAUGUUGGAAAAGACACGGCCAAGAAAAAUGUGGCGUCUAAUAUAUCAUUCAGAACGCUGUUCCGUUUUGCCACAACGAAAGACAAAAUAUACAUUUGUAUAGCUGUUGUAUCAUCUAUAUUAUGUGGAUGUACCACACCAAUAAAUACUCUUCUCUUUUCUUCACUGCUUCAAAGUAUGGUCAACUAUGGAAUAUCAUUGGUGGUAAAUGACCCUCAACCUGAUAUAUUGCUUAACGAUGUACGAGAAUUUGCUAUAUACAAUGCAGUUUUAGGAGUUAUAAUUAUUAUACUGUCAUAUAUAGCAACAGUUCUCAUGAACAUGUCAGCCUAUAAUCAGGCACAUCGCAUUCGUCAAGAGUAUUUGAGAGCUACAUUGAAUCAAGAUUUUGAAUAUUUUGACACUCACAAGACCGGUGAUUUUGCAAGCAAAGUCACUAACGAUGUUUUAAAACUAGAGGAUGGUAUAGGAGAGAAACUAGCGACCUUCAUAUAUUACCAAGUGACAUUCAUAAGUUCUAUAAUAAUGGCGCUUAUAAAGGGCUGGAAACUAACACUCUUAUGUUUGAUCUCGUUUCCUAUCAGUUUAGUGUUAAUUGGACUAGCGGGCUUUUUCGGAGCACGAAUGUCGUAUGGAGAAGCUGUUUCGGCGGCAAAAGCUGGUUCUAUAGCUGAGGAAGUACUCUCGUCUAUAAGAACAGUAUUUGCGUUUAGUGGACAGAAAAAAGAAUUAAAAAGAUACGAAAAAUAUCUUGUGGAAAUGAGAGGAUUACACGCAAAGAAAAGCAUUUUCAAUGGUAUGUUGAUGGGGUCGAUAUACCUAUGUUUGUUUGGAUCUUACUCAUUAUGUUUCUGGUUCGGAUACAAGCUCAUGAAUGAUGAACCAGAAUUAUAUGACGUCAACACUAUGGUUGCUGUACUUUUUAGUGUAUUAAUGGGUUCAACUAACUUUGGUAUUUCGUCUACCCUCAUGGAUGUGUUUGGAGUAGCACGUGGCGCUGGUGAACAAAUUUUCAAAUUAAUAGACAAUAUCCCCAAAAUUAAUCCACUACUAAACCUUGGAAUCACCCCCCAAAGUAUGGAAGGAAACAUUGAAUUCAAAAACGUUUUCUUCCAUUAUCCUUCUAGACCUAACGUCAAAAUAUUAAAGGGCAUUAAUCUCAGUGUCAGCAAAGGGCAAUCAGUUGCGUUAGUUGGCCAUUCAGGUAGCGGCAAGUCUACUAUCGUACAACUGAUAUCAAGGAAUUAUGAUGUAAUAGAUGGUAGUGUCCGAAUUGAUGGUAAUAAUGUCAAAGAUCUUUCGGUGAGGUGGUUGAGAUCUCAGAUCGGUUUGGUUGGUCAGGAGCCGGUCCUCUUUAACACGACAGUCAGAGAGAACAUCAGGUAUGGCCGAGAAGACGCUACUGAUGAAGAAAUAGAAAAAGUCGCCAAGCAAGCUAACGCUCAUGAGUUUAUCAUGAAACUUCCGUUAGGAUAUGAUACAUUAGUUGGAGAGCGUGGUACAUCAAUAUCGGGAGGUCAAAAACAAAGAAUUGCGAUAGCUCGAGCACUUGUACGAAAUCCGCGGAUAUUAUUGCUAGAUGAAGCAACUAGUGCACUAGAUACUGCUUCAGAAGCUAAAGUGCAGAAGGCUUUAGAUAGAGCCCAAGAAGGUCGUACGACUAUUGUUGUUGCUCAUAGACUCUCAACCAUAAGAAAUGUCGACAAAAUUUAUGUUUUCAAAAGUGGAGAUGUGAUAGAAAGCGGAACUCAUGACGAACUUAUUGCCAGGAAAGGUCACUAUUACGACAUGGUAAAACUACAGACAUCAAACAUAAACGAAAAAGGUCCAUCAAAUAAAAUCGAUAGAAGUGAAUCAAUGUCGAGUGAAAAAGAAGAAAAUGAGCAAAUUGAAACUAGAGUUCAAAAUAGCGAAGAAUCAACUGACGAUACAGAAGUAUCGUACUCACAAAUCUUAAAACUGAACGCACCAGAAUGGAAAUCCAUCACAGUCGGAAGCGUAUGUUCAUUUCUGAGCGGUUUCGCGAUGCCUCUAUUAGCAAUCGUGAUGGGAGAUUUAAUGGGGGUUCUAUCUGGUGAUGAUCCAGAAUGGGUCAGGAGUGAGGUCGUAAAGAGUGUGUUAUUUUUUAUGGGAGUUGGAAUAUUCGCAGGACUUACGAACCUUAUUAUGGUAUUUAUGUACGGUGUAGCUGGAGGACAUUUGACAUGUAGGUUACGAAAAUUAUUAUUUGAACAUAUGCUUCAACAAGAAAUCGGAUUUUUUGAUGAUAAAAAUAAUUCGACGGGAGCUCUUUGUGCUCGACUAUCAGGAGAUGCUGCAGCAGUCCAAGGGGCUACAGGUCACAGAAUAGGAACAAUUUUACAAGCUUUCGGAACGCUUUCUUUCGCACUGGUAGUCUCACUAUACUAUGAAUGGCGCCUAGGUUUGGUCGCUCUAGCUUUCGUUCCCAUUAUGGGAAUCAUAGUUUAUAAACAAGGUAAAAUGACAACUAGGCAUUCUUAUGGAACAGCCAAAACAAUGGAAAAGAGUUCUAAGAUUGCAGUAGAGGCGGUAGCUAAUGUCCGCACAGUGGCAUCACUAGGUCGUGAACAAAUUAUCCUCCAAGAAUACACAAACCAACUUCUUCCCGUACUACAAAUUGCUAAAAAAACAUCACAUUUUCAAGGAAUCGUCUUUGGACUAUCUAGAGGACUCUUCAAUCUGGUAUAUUCAAUAACCAUGUUUUAUGGAGGCCAUCUUAUAGUGUACAAUGGAAUCAGAUAUGAAAUUAUUCUCAAAUCAGCACAAACUUUAUUAAUGGGUUCUUCAUCAGCUGCCCAAGCGUUUGCAUUUGCUCCUAACUUCCAGAGUGGGAUUAAAGCUGCAGGAAGAAUCAUAGUCACAUUGGCGAGACAAACAAAAAUAUCGGACCCCGUUAAACCUGCAGUAGAAAAUUUUAAAGGAACUGGCGAGGCGAGCGUAACGAAUGUGACAUUUACUUAUCCGACGAGACCGCUAAUACAAGUAUUGAAGAAUUGUAACUUAGAAAUUGAGAAUGGAAAAACAGUAGCUCUAGUCGGUGGGAGUGGAUGUGGCAAGAGUACUAUCAUACAGUUACUAGAGAGAUAUUACGAUCCCGACGAAGGCGUUGUGACUCAAAAUGGGACCCCCUUGCCAAAUCUUCGUUUGGCCGAUGUAAGGCAGUCCAUCGGCUUUGUGCAACAGGAACCUAUAUUAUUUGACCGGACUAUAAAAGAAAACAUUGCUUAUGGUGAUAAUACUCGAACACCCAGUAUGGAUGAAAUUAUCGAAGCAGCUAAACAAGCUAAUAUUCACAAUUUCGUCGUGUCAUUGCCAGAGGGUUAUGAGACUAACAUCGGUUCAAAAGGCACCCAGCUUUCUGGAGGACAAAAACAAAGGGUUGCUAUAGCAAGAGCUUUAAUAAGACGACCAAAGAUGUUACUGCUGGAUGAAGCAACUAGUGCUUUGGACACCGAAAGUGAAAAGGUGGUUCAGGAAGCCUUGGAAGCAGCUAAAGCAGGUCGUACGUGUGUCAUGAUCGCUCACCGACUGAGUACAGUUCGUGACGCUGACGUUAUAUGUGUACUCAAUAAUGGAAGUGUGGCUGAACGAGGAACACACGCAGAGCUACUAGAACUCAAAGGACUUUAUUAUAAUCUGUUUAAACGAGGAUACUCGUGA